GGACAGACAUUCGGUUGUGGAAGAUGAACACAACCCCAAGAAAGAAAGAACCCCAGUGACUGUUGCACACAUAUUAUACACAACUACCCACCAACCUGAAUUAUCUUUCGUUGUUGGGACAUGAUGGAAAAUUCUUUGUUUUUUCUGUUCAAGAGCCAAGCUGGUUAGCAGCCUUUCGGCACUCGUUUGAAUGACGCAUUCUUGGGGUAGACUGGCAAGCCCAAUAUAAGAACACAUUCAGCUCGAUUUGAAAGGAAAUCUUGUUGCUGAUACAAUGGCGGUCAAGGUAUGAUUCAUCCUUAUCACUGUUACCUUGCAUUGCUCAUCCACUGGCGAAGCUACCAUGAAGGGGAUAGACAUGUUCUGUUCAUCUCAUGCUUCCACUGCUAUCUGCCUGAGCAUCGACAAAAACUCGAUAGUUAGGCAUGGAGGCCUGGAUAGACAGAACUCGAUGCGGAAGCCAUUGAUCCCAAGCCUACCCGCAAAUCCCAAAAACUUCCAGUACCACAGAAGCAAGCACACCACCACCACAUCCUCGUCACGUUCGCCAUCAUCCAAAGAGCUCCAAGGCCACAAACCCAGAAGAUCAGUUCAACUUGUCAACACCUCUGUUUCGUCUUGCUGUCUCUCGGGCGAGUUCGCUAUUCCUCUUGGUAGAAACAAAUUUCCUUCCUCAUCGUGCAAGAGCAUCCAAGGCGACAGACACAAAAACGCUUCAGAAAAGAAGAGCAUUUCAAGGUCAUCGAGGUAUCUACUGAGUGACAGCAGCAUCUUGAGCAUACUUCCUGAUCUUGGUCCUCUUCCUACUGUCCUUCCUGUCCAACCUGCUAAGCUUCAGUCCCUCUCAAAAGAUUCUUCAACUACUAAUUCCUCAAAACAGGUUGUGGUGUUGAAAGUUUCGAUUCAUUGCAAAGGCUGUGAAAUGAAAGUCAGAAAGCACAUCUCAAGGAUGGAAGGCGUGAGUUCAUUCAGCAUAGAUUUGGCAACAAAGAAAGUGACCAUCGUAGGCGAUGUCUCCCCGCUGGGUGUUCUACAGAGUGUUUCUCGAGUGAAGAACGCACAGUUCUGGUCUUCUGCAACACCCUCAUCGGGCAGUGCGCCGGCGAAUUUUUAGCACCACGCGAACGUUCUGAACAACAAAUUUAAAAUGGGAGGGAGAAAAGGAGAUAAGUACGACUGGGGGAGGAAAAUUGAUUCUCAUCAUUUGUAAAUUAUUGAGUGAUGAUUAAAGUGUGGUGAUCUUGGUUGUGAGGGAGCAGCUUUGUCGUGUAAGGAGAAAGCGUGAUUUGGUUUCCGGUGUAUGUCGUCUUCUCUUUUGAGGAGGGAAUUCAAGUUCUUUUCUUCUUUUUUUUUCUUCCAAGUUCCAAGACAAAUGCACACCUGAGAUCUUCUUCUCUUUUAUUAUGGUGUUUGAUUUAUUGUUAACAGUGCAAAUUCCAUCCUAUUGAAAUGAAUGCCGAGCAUGAAAUUUGCAGAACA